AUGAAUGAGACAGCUUCUGGUGAUUAUAUUGAAGGUCGCGGAUUUCAUUCUGCUGUUUUAGCUCGAGAUUCAAAAAUUAUAAUAUAUGGUGGCUCAAUAUCAAACAAGGCCAAAGCAGUAACACCAGUUCUUGCGAUGUUAGAUAUUAACAUUUAUCCAUUUAGAUGGACAAAUCUUAAUAACUUUACCGUUGAUGCACCAUCACCAUCACUUACAUGUCAUUCCGCAACUUUGUAUGAUGAUUUUAUGAUCAUUACAUUAGGAAGAUUUACAGUUUAUAAUAUCGAGGUUUUAAAUAACAAAACUUAUAUUUUUGACACAUUAAAUUAUAAAUGGGUCAAAAAAUUGAAUAGGAGAAAUCAACUUACUCCUUUAAAGAUCUUUGCAAUCGUAAUUAGUGCAGUUGUACUUUUUGCUGCAAUAGUCUUAAUGGUGGUAUUUCGGUGGAAGCGUAAAGUGGGAAUACAAGAUGAUCGUCUUAGUAAUUUUUAA